AUGGCUGCAGAAAGGUGCUUUGGCGAGACGUUCGUAGCCCCUCAGUGGCUUCCUGGAGGCCAGGCAUUUUGGUACCGCCGGAAGACGGGCGAAAAGACAGUCAAAUUUAUUCUCGUCGACAUUCCGCGAAAGACAACUCGUCCUGCGUUCGACCACGCGCAGCUUGCCAACGCAAUGGAGAAAUGCGCAGGAGGAACCAAAAUCGAUUCGAAAGCACUCCCAUUUUCUUGGAUAGAGCUGGAGGACUCAAGUGUCCGCUUCCGCUUUGAUGGGCAGAUAUGGCAGUAUCGGCCUGGAAAAAGCCUUGUGAAAUCGCCUGGAGAGUUUACCCAGGGAAACAGGACGCUCAUGCGGAGGCAAGAGCCUUCUACUAGCAAUCAUGCUAGCGAGAUUGCCUCGGUUACUUUCACCAACUCUACAAGGGCGCCUUUAAACUUGUACCAAGUCAACGAAGAGGGCGUAGAAAAGAUUUUUAUGCCCUUGUCAGUAGGGAAGAAACUGGUUCAGAAAACGCAUGCUGAGAUGUUCUGGAGAAUUGAAGAUCGUGAUUCCGGCCAGUUGAGAGGCAUCUACCGUGUGCCGGAUGUGGGACACAGUGCUGUUGUUGUGGGCGAGGUCGAUGUCGAUGAAUAUCUAGGCCCUGGAAAUGAUCUUCCUGAGGGCUGGUCACAGCGAAGGGAUAGCAAUGGCCGCAUCUAUUACUUGGAUCAUAACACUAAAACCACUCAUUGGGAUCUUCCUGCCAUCCUGGAUGAUUCGAAGAACCAGGAAACCACUGCUGAAAAGCCACCUAAUGGCGAAUCAAAGGGCAAUGAGGAGAUGCAGACUGAGCAGAUGGAUGAUGACAAUAGAUCAACAAAUAGCUGCGAUGGCCAACUCAACAUAGGAGGCCUCCAAGUAUUCGUAAAAAAAGGCAGCCUGUGGCUAAAAGACAAAGAUGGAAUCGAGACCCAGCUCUGUGAGCCAAACCUAAAAGGCUCCCGCUAUGCAAAUGAGACGAUCUACGUAUCUCCCGACAAGAAUUUCCUCAUCGCCUGGCAGUAUACAUUUCCUACUGAAACUAAAGAAUUCUGGAUUGACUAUAGCCCUGACACUUCAAAUCACCCGAAGCUGGUUGAAACCCCGAGCAAGUUGCUUGGGGAUGAUCCAGGGUUUGACCGACCUCGCCUAUUCAAUCUUGCCUUAAAAUGCGAGAUCAAGACAACAGACGACUUCUUUCUCGGCCAGUAUCAGUUGCACCAUCUAGGAUGGAGUCCGGAUGGUUCAGAGUACCGUCUUUUAUUUGAUGGACGCGGGCAUCAGGUUUUGAAAAUCCUGGGCAUCGACCAAACAGGAUCCAUCCGAGUGUUGCAUAAAGAAGAGACUCAAACGUUUAUUGACGUUACAUCUAAGAUGUAUUAUCAGCUACUUAAAAGGUCCGACAGGUUACUUUGGGCCAGCGAGAGAGAUGGAUAUAAUCAUCUCUAUCUGAUCGAUUUACAACAAGGCAGAAUACAGCAUCAGGUCACGCAGGGGCACUGGAACGUGCAAAUGGUUGAAUCAAUUGACGAAGAGAAUGAACAAGUCUGGGUUUCUACCUACGGGUUUCAUAGAAAUGAAGACCCCUAUCAUGUACACCUCAUACGUGUCAGUUUUGAUGGCUCCAAUGUUCAGCCCCUGACAGAGGGUGAUGGAACGCAUUCCUGGAGCUGGCCGAUGGAUGGUCAGAAGUAUUUUGUUGAUUGUUGGUCCCGAGUUGACCUUCCACCGCAGACCAUGGUUCGGUGCGGCGUAACAGGUAUCCCCAUAUUGAAAAUCGAGGGGAUAACUACCAAGGCAUUGAGACAAAAGGGCUGGGUUCCUCCAGAGCGAUUUCAAUGCCCUGGCCGAGACGGGAUAACACCUAUAUACGGUAUCAUCAUCAAACCAUCUAACUUCAGCAAGUUCAAGACCCAUAAGUAUCCGAUUGUCGAGGAUAUUUAUGCAGGGCCAUAUGACUUCUUCACACCGAAGAGUUUUGGUGAAGCGAUACAUCAGACUACAUGGUCAAGAUGCGGCUACGUGUCUGUCCAAGUAGAUGGUAUGGGCACCAAUUGGAGGUCCAAGAAGUUCCACGACGUCUGCUAUAAAAAUCUCAUGGAUGCUGGGUUUCCAGACCGUAUCAUAUGGAUGAAAGAGGCAGCCAAGACCCGCCCCUGGAUGGAUCUCAGCCGAGUAGGGAUAGUAGGCUCGUCUGAAGGAGGCGCGAACGCUGUCGCUGCUUUACUACACCACGGUCACUUCUAUAGAGUUGCCAUCUCCAGCUCUGGUGCGCAUGACCAGACACUUUCCAACUUGUGGUGGUCGGAGCAGUGGCUGGGUUAUCCAGCCGACGAGUCAGCCGUGGAUAAUUCAAACACAACCCAUGCGAAGAAGCUCCCUCAUAACGCAAAGUUGAUGCUUAUUGCCGGAGGUAUGGAUCAUGCACUGAACCCUGCAUCGGUUAUGAGGUUUGUCCAAGCACUCAAUAAGUGUAACAAGAUGUACGACUUGGUUUUUAUUCCAGAUGGCGGGCAUGAAUGCGGCUCGGAGCCUUAUGCACUUAUGCGAGCAGAGGCUUUCUUGAAAGCCAAUUUGGGCUCUUGA